AUGAUACGCAGGUGCUCUUGCUUAAUUCCAAGGUUUGCGAAAACAUUGUCUUCGCAAAAGCCAAAUGAAGCUGAGAAAAGUGUGCCGUUUGUCGAAAUUAAAAGUUCCACGUCUGCGCCUUCAAGCGAGAUCCAUUGCUGGAAGUGUCACAUGGUGUUGGACUGCUUUAAGGAACAGUUCUUUUGCGGUAAUUGCGAAUACAUUCAGCCUCCAAAACACUGUUACAACUACUUCAAAUUCUUUGGCAUCCCCGUUUCGUAUCGUCUGGACAAACAGCUGCUGACGGCUCGAUUCCAUGAGUUGCAGCAGAAGUUGCACCCGGAUCGAUUUACGAAAAAGUCCAAGGUGUCUGCUUGGCAGCCGUUUGUGACGAUGCAUCGUUUUGCUCUAAAAUUUAUUGUUGUUUUUAUCUUUUAA